UCAGUGCGACAGAAACAGUGAGUGGGAGUGCACGCGUUUUUUGUUUACAAACGAAAAUCACGUUGAGUGUCUCGUCGAUCUAAUUUUACGCAGUUAAAAACGUCUUUACUGUAAGGUAAAACAAUGGUACGUUCAUACAAGAAAAAAACUAAAAGAGGAGAGUGGUCAACAAUUUCUAUGAAAACAGCUAUAGAUAAAGUAUUAAGUAAAGAAAUGGGCUACAGAAAAGCCGCUUCUGAAUACGGAGUGCCUCAGACUACUUUGGAGCGAUAUGUUAAGAAAAUGAAGGAAGAUGGUGAAGUUACAAUUGGUGUACCUUUGGGCCCUAAAAAACCUAUUUUUACAACAAAAGAAGAAGACGAGAUUGUGGCAUAUCUAAAACAUAUGGAAGAACGUCUUUUUGGGCUGACAACUCUCGAUCUGAGACGUCUAGCAUAUCAACUGGCUGUGAGAAAUGGUAAGGCGCACAAUUUUAAUACUGACAAGCAGAUGGCAGGGGUUGAUUGGCUCAAAGGUUUCUUAAGGCGUCAUCCAGAUUUAUCCAUUCGUAAGCCCGAAGCUACUUCAGCAGCUAGAGCAAUGGGGUUUAAUAAAGUGGCCGUUAGUAAAUUCUACCAGUUGCUCGGAGAGAUUUAUGACAAGCAUAAAUUAACUCCUGACAAAAUAUAUAAUUGUGACGAAACUGGUAUCUCCGUUGUAUCUAAAACCAAGAGCAAAAUAUUGGCCAUGAAAGGACGAAAACAAGUAGGCUCGUUAUCAUCUGCAGAUCGCGGCCAGACUAUUACAGUAGAAAUAUGUUUUAACGCUGCUGGAACCUACAUGCCUCCACUGAUGAUUUUUCCGAGACAACGAAUGAAACCAGAAUUGUUAGAUCACGCCCCACCAGGUACUGAAGGUGUUUGCAAUGCUCGAGGCUGGAUAACUACCGAAAUAUUUUUGACUUGGUUCAAAAAGUUUAUCAGAUUCUCCGGAGCUACUCCUACUAAUCAUGUGUUGCUGCUUCUAGAUGGGCAUGUAAGUCACACUCAAAAUUUGGAAGUAAUUGAUCUGGCACGUAAAAAUGGAGUUAUUAUACUUUGCUUUCCACCUCACUGCACACAUAAAAUGCAGCCAGCAGAUGUUGCAUUUAUGAGGCCACUCAGUACAUAUUAUGACCAUGCUGUUUCGGCCUGGUUGAGAUCACACCCAGGGCGUGUGGUAACUGUAUUUCAGAUAAGUGAAAUAUUUGGAAAUGCAUAUAUUCAGGCAGCUACAAUGUCGACAGCAAUCAACGCAUUCAGAAAGUGUGGCAUAUGGCCGUUUAAUGAAAAUAAUUUUACGGAUGCCGAUUUCAUAUCUGCUGCAACUACUGAUAUACAAAAUAUUGAAAACUCGUCGAGUGUAGAGCAACACAGAGUUACAGAAGCCGAAGGGCCUCAAUAUGAGGUAGUUCCAUCUGUGCCUUCAACCACAGUAGUCACGACUGUAUCUUCAACGACCACAACAUCCCAUCCUGGAGCAGUUACAACAAGACCUGAACUUACAACAGAAUCAUGCACUUCAGUUAGAAUAGAUUUUAUCACCGAAUGUACAGAGCAAGUCACACCUGAUGUGACUAAAAAAUCUGCUCCCGAACCUGAACCUGGAUGUUCUUUUGCUUCUAAAUCUCCCAUCCGUGCGGUAUGCCGCGAUCUUACAUCUAGCUUUGAAAAUGCAUCCCCUGGUGAUAUUUUGCCAAUCCCUUUGGUCCAACAAACUGAAAAGAGGAAGCAAUACCGGAGAGGAAAAACAGCUGUCAUUACUUCAACUCCUUAUAAAAAUGAGCUGGAGAAUUUGAAAAAACUGAGGAAAGUAUCCAAUCCUAAUGAUCCUCGGCUCAAAAAAAAUGCUAAGAAGAAACAAAAGACUACAGUUGCAGCCAAGACGAAAAAUGACGAUGAUGAAGAUACAAUUUGUCUCUAUUGUAAUGAUGAAAAUCAUAGUUUUCUGAAAUCAUCCGAAGGUUGGGUAGGCUGCCAGCUUUGUGGACGUUGGGCUCACAAUGGUUGUGCUGGUGUGGAUGAUGAAAACACCGAAGAAAUUCAUAUUUGUAUUUAUUGUGAUAAUAAUUAGCUAACCCCAUCUUGCCCCAUUUUCAUUACCCCAUCUUACCCCAUGGUAAGGGGCAAGAUGGGUUUUCGAAAGUUCCUAUUAAAUCAUUUAUUUAAAAAAAAUGUUAUAAGUUCAUCUCCCAAAGACUAUGCCAAAUUGUAGUUAGAUUAAUAAGGCAUUGUGCCAUAAAUAAAUAAGCAUAAUAAACGCAAUGAUUAUACUGUA